GAGCGUGAACGUCGGCUGAGGGAAACCAUUGAAGCGGCACGGCGAGAAAGUAUGGAGCCUCCCGAAGCACCGCCGCCUACACGUAAAAUAUGCACCGUUGACCGUUUCAAACGCCUCGGCUCACAAAUUGCCAAAUAUACAUGGAAGGCGCCGUUUAUGCGUGAAUUAUCCUAUGUAGAAAAUUUACAGGAUUCACAGGGAGAGUUGGCUGAAGACCGCAGGAGUCGUCGGGCUACGUUUAUCGAUAAUUUUGUGGCAAAUCGUCUGUACAGCAGCGGCCCGAUUGAUACAUUUGCGCAUGCUACAGCGGAGAGCACCAGAAAGAAUAACAAAAUGGUAAUUUUAUUUUGA